AUGUCAACCACCUCAUUAACUCUAUGCCAAACCCAAGCACAAACCCAAACCCAAACCCUAAAGUGCUGUUUGGAUCCCCUUCUCUUUGAACCCCGCGAUUCGCUCCACCCGCUAACCCCACCCAAACACGCCCUAUCCUUCAUCUUCCCUCGACAACCAUCCGAAACCGACAACAAGGGCUUGGAAAAAAACACCGAGCAAAUCUACGUUCACCCUCUCGUCAGGCGCUCGUCCUCCUCUCUAAGCACCAAGUCUCUCGAAAUGUGUACCGAGAGCUUGGGUAGCGAGACUGGGAACGACAUCAUCUCGGAUUUCGACGAGUUUUCCCGCCAUUAUGCAUUCGAAAAACCGAGCCUUCAUCCGGCCAAAAAAAAUCGAGACUUUGCCAUGAAAACGAAACGGUCCAUUGAUUUUCCUCCGCCGUUGACUUCCAUUAGCGGCGACGAAAAUGUUCAAGUGCGCGCACACCGAGAAAAUGGUCGUCUCGUGAUCAAGGCUUUCAAUUUCUCGUCGGCUCGGAAUCUUUUCCGAGCCGAGCGCGAAAACGGGAGGCUUAGGCUCUCUUUGCUUAGGGGGGGCCAUGAGGCGGACGAAUCUGUUGAGAAAGAAGAAGAAGAACAACAACAAAACGGAGAGGAGGACAAUGCCGAAAACGACACUUUUGACGGUGGCGACGAGGGAGAGUUCGAAGGCCGUUGUUGGGGCAAAAAUGGCGGGAAAAUCGGGUGCAAGAUCAACGGUGGAGAUUGGCCGAGCUUGCCGUUUCGCUUCGCGAUUUCUUCGUGA